UGUGAGGGUAGCAUGAGGCAGCCAAUGAGAGGCGGGGUAACAGAAGAAGCAGGAAGUGGAAGCGGAGUGCUGCCGGCAGCGGCUGCUGCAUGCCAGGAGGGGAGAGAGGUGCCGCUGGGACAAUGAGUGAGGAGUUAACCGGCUCCCUUGGGAACCCGCCCCCAACGACCGUUGACCAUGUAAUGGAACCAAGCGCUUCAGGAGUGUUCUGUAGCAGGAUUCUUAAUAUGGUGAACUCAGAGGAUGUUAAUGCCAUUAUUUUGGCUCAGAGGCACAUGCUUGAUCGAUUUGAGAAAACAAAUGAAAUGCUCCUGAAUUUUAACAGUCUGUCCAACACACGGCUGCAACAGAUGAACGAUCGGUUUAUACAUCACACAAGGACACUUGUGGAAAUGAAGAAGGACUUGGAUAUAAUUUUUAGGAGAAUAAGGAUGUUAAAAGGGAAAUUGGCGAAGCAAUAUCCAGAGUCUUUCAGCAAUGUCCAUGAAUCUCCCAUUCUGGAAGAUGAUGAUGAUGAUUUUGAUCCAAUUCCUAAGAGUGCAGCCACCACCAUUGCUACUUCAGAGCAGAGCACAGAGUCCUGUGACACCAGUCCUUCCAUUAUUUCCCCAACCAUGAGUCAGGAUUUUGAGGACUUAUCUCAGGCCCCCUCUGAAACUCCAUCUGUAAAUGGGCAGCUAUUGACAGAUGAUGAGGUGGCCCAUGAGGACUAGCUGACUAAUGGGCUGAUGUGUAAACCCAAAGGUCUCCACUGGGGAUAGUUUAUUUUCUAAACUACUCAAGCAAUGCAUUGAAAAACUUUUUUCUCAUGAAUGGGGUUUCAGGCAAUUUUGAAAUAAGCACCUUGCUUACUGUGUUGGUAGGAACAUUGACUGCAAAGUAACGUGUGGCGACUGCGUCCAAGGAUGACUUCACUCUUUCUUUUUUCUAAUGUCUGGGACUUUAUAAGGAAAACCAAACGGUUCUCUUUGCUCUGUGUCUACAGAGUAGUGAUCAGUUAGACACUACUGCAAAGUGAAUAUGUAAUGAAGAUAUACAACUUUGAAAGUAGUAAUAUUCUUCUCCAGUUUUUUUUCUCUUUUAUUGUAUCAUAUCCUAAUUUACUUAUCUCGCAGUUCCAUUCUUCUUCCUUUGCUUAAAACUCAUUUGUUGCAAAAAAUAUCUGUGAUUACAACCUUGAUCUUCCAACACGAUUGUAACAGGUUUUACAAUGAUGUACAUCUCUGUUAAACAAUCUACUUUUUUUUAAUUUUUUUAAUUUAAAUUGUUUGACAAGUACGUUCUCUAGCAGACUGCAUCUAACCAUUACCUUUCAGUCUUUGGUGAGACAGGCUGAAGCAGUCUGCUGUCUUCUGCUGAUGGUUAAAACAGAGCAGUAUGAAAAAUUAUUUGCUUUACUUGGUUAAUGUAAGAUGACGCUGGAUUUGUGACGGGACAGUGGGGGGCCAGCAGACAGAGGACUGAAUUUGCCCCAGCCAACAGAAGACUGAGAGGUUCUUAGAGAUAAUCUGCUAGAGAGUAGACCAGGAAAAUAUACAUAUAGUAUACUAUUUGCAAAAUAGGCUUUUUGUGUGUCUUAGUUAUAUUAACCAUUAAAAAUGUGGUAUUUUCCCAUA